AUGAAUUUACCACCAAUCUCCGAAUUAAAUGAAUCUUCAUAUGAUGAAUUUAUUAGUUCAAUAAACGUGUUAUUCGAAUCAGCUCCACCAUUGGCAAAUUCAUUAUAUUCUUCUCGUCCAUACACAUCUUAUAAUUCGUUAAUUUCCUCGGCAACAAAAUUUAUUCAAAAUACUGAAUUACCAAUCUCUCAAAAAUUAGAAAUAAUUAAUGCUCAUCCACGUUUAGGUGAAAACAAAAAUAACCUUUCUUCAUUUUCUUUAAAAGAACAAGGUUAUCUCAAGUCUUCAACAAAUUAUAAUUCAAAUCAAAAUAAAUCAAGUUCUUUAGAUGAAGAUGAAAUUAUUGAUACAAUAUUAAAAGAAUUAAAUAAUAAAUAUGAAGAAAAGUUUGGCUUCCGUUUUGUCAUUUUUGUUAAUGGUAAAUCAAGAAGAGAAUUUAUUCCUAUUUUACAAGACGCAAUAACAAAAGGAAAUAUUGAAGAAGAAUUAAAAAGAGGUUUGUCGGAUAUGAUGAGUAUUGCCACGGACAGGUUAAAGAAGUUAGGAAGAGAAUAA